AAAGGUUGGCUGGGGGCGGUGUUUCAGUGGUGUUCUCCCAUCCACGCCCUUCGGCCUAAGCCAGCCGCCGAGGUGGGCGAGGCGGGGCGGGAACUUGGCGGAGGCGCCCCGCCCCCUUCUCGCUCUCCUCUGGGUAGGCGUGGCGUGCGGCAGCGCACUUCUGUACCCCUAGCUCCUGGGUCUCUAGGCUUCAUCCCGCGCCCAGGCGUGUGACUCCACGCGCGGGUUCCGGAAGUGGGCUCGUGCCCUGCGGUUUCUGCUCCAGCGUGGCGACCGUCGCCACGGUGGCGGCCACUGCAUCUCGUCCCACUUCCACGGCAUCACCGGGCCCUGAGCCCAUGACGGGCCAGGGCCAGUCGGCGUCCGGGUCGUCGGCGUGGAGCACAGUAUUCCGCCACGUCCGGUACGAGAAUCUGGUGGCGGGCGUUACCGGCGGGGUCCUUUCCAACCUCGCGCUGCACCCGCUGGAUCUCGUGAAGAUCCGCUUCGCCGUGAGUGAUGGAUUGGAACUGAGACCGAAAUAUAAAGGAGUUUUGCAUUGCUUGACCACCAUUUGGAAACUUGAUGGACUACGGGGACUUUACCAAGGAGUAACCCCAAAUGUGUGGGGUGCAGGCUUAUCCUGGGGACUCUACUUUUUCUUUUACAAUGCCAUCAAAUCAUAUAAGACAGAAGGAAGAGCAGAAAGGUUAGAGGCAACAGAAUAUCUCAUCUCAGCUGCUGAAGCUGGAGCCAUGACCCUCUGCAUUACCAACCCAUUAUGGGUAACAAAAACUCGCCUUAUGUUACAGUACGAUGGUGUUGUUAAUGCCUCACAGCGGCAAUAUAAAGGAAUGUUUGAUACACUUUUGAAAAUAUAUAAGUAUGAAGGUGUGCGUGGAUUGUAUAAGGGGUUUAUUCCUGGGCUGUUUGGAACAUCACAUGGUGCCCUUCAGUUUAUGGCAUAUGAAUUGUUGAAAUUGAAAUACAACCAACAUACCAAUAGAUUACCAGAAGCACAGUUGAGCACGGUAGAAUAUAUAUCAGUUGCAGCAUUAUCCAAAAUAUUUGCUGUGGCAGCAACAUACCCAUACCAAGUUGUAAGAGCUCGUCUGCAGGAUCAACACAUGUUUUACAAUGGUGUAUUGGAUGUAAUCACAAAGACAUGGAGGAAAGAAGGCAUCGGUGGAUUUUACAAAGGAAUUGCCCCCAAUUUGAUUAGAGUGACUCCAGCCUGCUGUAUUACCUUUGUGGUAUAUGAAAAUAUCUCACAUUUUUUACUUGGCCUUAGAGAAAAGAAAAAGUAAACUAAAAGAAGAUAAUUCCAGUACAUCUGCCCAAGGCAGCCAUGUGCUCCUUUGUAUUUGAGACAUGAAACUCAGAAGAAUACUGCACAGCAACAUGGCUCAUAAUUGAAUUCGGUCUAUAAUCAUUAGAAGUCACAGAACUGCUAAGCCUUCACAAUGUUUUUCUGCUUUUGCUUUCCCCAUACGUAUGGGACUUGGCUUCCUCUACCUGAAAUGAUUGCCAGCAACACGACAGUAAAACUGACACCAAAUGGAGAGUUUCACAGAUUUUCUCCAUUUCAUUGUCCACGUAGAAGCUGAUUUGCAGCAUUUGCUGAAUGGAUUUGAAGACCGCUCCUUUUUCUGAACUCGUUUGUCUGUAUUGGCUUUAAAAUCAACCUCUGUGCAAUAGCAAAAAAAAAGGCUUCUUAAAAGAUGUCAUUGCUGUUUCGAGUGUUUGCUGGGAAAGAAGUUGCCCAAAUCCUGACCAUUUUUGAAACGGGAAAGUUUGGUGGGGAAAAAAAAUCCACUGUAAAUGUGCUUUUGUUUUAAUUCAUUUGGAAUGCAGUUAUGUACUUCUCUUAAUUUGAGAAGUACCUGACAUCUGUUGUCACUCCAUCACUAAUUUUUUUUCCCAGAAGCUCUUUCAUCAUUUAAAAUGUAAUCCUGGAUCACAUUAUUUUUCGGCAUAGGUACUUAGUGUCUUUUUAUAAAAUCUGAACUAGGAUCCAGCUGUGUCAGCCCUUACUUAGCAUAUUUGUCUAUAAAUCACUUUACUGGUGUUGCUAGUAGAUCACCUUAUAUAGAUACUAGAAUGACUGGGGUACAUUUGUUGACAAACUGUAUGGAAAUGAGAAGCUUUAGCUUUCUACUUCAGAUUUCAGAUAUGUGAGUCCAGAUCCCAAAUAAGUUACCAGUCUACACUGGUUGCUCAAAUUCAGGUUUAAAUACAAAUUACAGUAAAGGCCAUUAUUGAUUUUACUUUUGAGUUACGGUAAUUUUUCUAUAAAUAUAAAGGCCUGCCCCAAAAAGGUGCCAGAAUGAUACUAACAUUUUUAUUUACGUAAACAUGUAUGAAUGCUUUUUGCAGUACCAUCUAUUUGUUAUAAAUAAAAUACUGUGGCUGUCAAAGCCAUAUUUAGAUGGUUCUUUGAAAAGAGGUCUAUUUUUUUUAAUAUUUUGAAAAUGGCUUUGUUUUAAAAAUAAAGAUAAGUACCUAAUUGUAUUUACUGUAUCUAGUUACAUGCAGAGGAAUGCAUUAUAAAUUAAGUGUGAUGUAUUUUCCUCUUUCUGAAUAAUACUAUUAUUCACAUGAAAUCCUGAUAAUAGUCCCUGUAUGGAAAGACAAGUUGCAGUUGAUAUUUGGAGUUUUAGAGGUAGUGCCAUUAUUUGAAUGCCUCCUGUGUACCCCGAAAUUAAUAAGCCAUAAUUCCUGUCCUCUGAGAGCAUACAGGCUUGUGGGAUGAAUAAGCAUUAAAUAACUACAGUUCUAGAUUAAGAACACGCAAGAAGAUUUCUACAAGCCCUGCACGAGUUCUGAGAAGAGAAUUCAUUCCACUCGAUCAACGGUUACAGCACUCCUUCCUGCGCUGUGCCAUGUAUGUUACCAAGCAUUGAGGAUAUGGCAGUAAAUGAGCUACAAAACAU